CAACUUGUACGGGUACGCCAUGGGAGAAUACAUGCCCUACGGGGGGUUCAAGUGGUACGAGGGAGAUUUGAAUCGCUCCUUGGAGUUGACGGACGGUACGACUGAAAAAUCCGACGUUGGGCGUAUCUAUGAGGUAGAUAUCGCUUACCCAGACAGCCUUUAUGACGCGCACAACGAUCUGUCCUUCUUAUCCCGGAAUGCCAUACCACCGGACUCGAAAGUUAAUAAAUUACUGGCUACGUUGGAGUGGAAAGAGCGAUAUAUUGUACACUAUCGAAAUUUAAAGCAAGCCAUUGCUAAUGGACUAAUAGUGGAAAAAGUAAUAUAUAUAUAUAAUAAAUAUUUUCACCGGAAUUAAACCACGUGAAAAGUGUGCUGUAUAUAUAUACAUAUUAACUGCAGUAUCUAUCGAUAAAUUAUAGGUUCACAGGGUGUUGGAAUUCCGACAGUCAGCUUGGCUUGCUAAAUAUAUAAAUUUAAAUACCGAGAUGAGAAAGAAGGCCGGCAAUGAAUUCGAACGUGAUUUUUUCAAACUACUUAAUAACGCGGUGUUCGGUAAAUAUUUCAGACAGCUCGCCAUUAUCAUUAAUCGUACUACAUAAUUUUAUUAUUAUUAUUAUUCGAAUUUGCUGGGAAAACUAUGGAACGCGUUCGAAAUAAUAUUUCCAUGGAAUUGGUUUCAUGUCCACGUCGAAUGCGGAAACUAAUCAACAAGCCCACGUUCAAACACGUAACCUCGUACAAUGAGAAUAUGGCAGCCGUAUUAUUGCAAAAGAGCGACGUGCAUUUCUCCAAACCUAUUUACAUAGGAUUCGCCGUCCUGGAAAUAAGCAAGGAGUUAAUGUAUAACUAUCAUUACAAUGUGAUGCGACGGCAUUAUAACGACUCGAUUAAACUGAUGUAUAUGGAUACAGGUCAGUUUUCGAUAUAAUAAAUAUUAUUCACACUCAUAUAUCUAACGUAUAACAUGACUUAUAACCAGAUUCCCCGGUAUAUCGAGUGAACACAGACGAUUUCUACAAGGACCUGGUGGACAAACCCACGCUCCUCGAACGGAUGGACACCUCGAAUC